GGGGCUACGAGAAAAUGGCGAAUAUGGAGUUUGGGUUUGCGGCUAACAUUAUAUUGAUACUUUAAGCACUUUUUAAAAAAAUAUGUAAAUAAGAUGAGCGUGCUGCUUUUAUGCUUUCUGUUACAUUGUGACCGAAAAAGUUGCAUGACACACUGAAGCUAGUUUGUAACUUGCGUUAAUGUGAGUCUUUUUAGCAGUCGUUAUGAGAGUUAGCUAGCGAAAUGAGGUUAGCACAGAUACACGAAGUUAGUUAACGUCAACUAACCAGUCAGAUAAAUUCCGUUGACAUCGCGAUUGACUACAUUUGAUCAAUACUGCCUAUCGCUGAAUUAGGGGCUCUGGGUCCACUCUGUGUCUGCAGUUCACGAUAUGGCUUUACAGAACUUGGUUUUUGUUAUCGAUGUGGAUUAUGGAGGUCACGAUUCGAGUGAUCAGCUGGAUGUCCGGAACUAUUUCGUAAAACGGGGGAUAUUAAACAUCCUCUUGCAUUUCGGCUACAAAUGUGGAUUUGAGAAAGUGCGCUGGGGUUACAAGUUCUUUGAGUCCAAGACUGGUCGUAGUGCCAGCCUCAUAUCAAGAGGAUCUGAUUUCAAGGAGCUUCGGCACAAAACAUUUGAGGACUUUGAGCAAGAGUUUGACGCGAAGUUUGACGUCAAGGAGAAAGCGUGCCCCUCUCAACAAAAACAACAAUCAAAUCAAUCGGCUUCAGUUCAAAAUGCACUUAAAGAAACCCUACUGGACUUCCAGUGGGACAGACCAGACAUCACAUCGCCUACUAAACUGUCCCUGAGGCCCAGGAAGUCGAGUCGUGGAGGAAGACCCAAUGUGUCACAUGAAGAGGACGUUGCAAGUAAUGGGAGAAAUGUGGUGUUUAUUGUCUCGCAGUGUCCACUUUCAAGGGCACAGCUUGUGGACUACCUGUCAUUGAGAGACAAUAACCUUCCUACAGAUACGGCAGAACACGUUGUAUCUAAAGGACUUCAAGACAUGCUGCUUCAGAGACAAGUUGUCCUUCACUGGAUUGACUGUAGUUCACACAUCCAGGUUAUGAGGUGUGAGGACUACCUUGGCUCUGACAAGCUGUCUGAGGUCCUAGCUCAGAUGGAUGGCAAAGUAAUUCCUAUGGUUGCGCUGCUGAACCUUUGCAGCCUUCAACAGCUGGACUCAGGAUUCAUGAGAGAGUCCUUCACAUUCAAGUCCAGCAUCGGAUACCUGCUGUCUUCUGAACGGCUUUACCACCUGGCUUUUCCUGUCAUAGGUGGUGUCCUGCAGUGGCAGCAAGGUGAUGUGACACAGAGCUGUGGUGUCUCGAUGGAGCCAGUGUCUCGCAGACAGAAACUUCUUCCAGAUUCUGUGAAAGUGUCCUUAAAGGGAGUGCUGAAAGGCUGGGAUGCUUCGUCACUGAUGCAGAGCUCCACAGAGUCAUGGGUACUUCAUGGAUCCAGUAGUGGUGACCAGGGAGCUGCUGCCUUCCAGCAUCUCUUAAUGGAUCUGUCUACUCAUGCUCUGCACAUGCUUGCUGAGGUGAAUGACAAUGGGCUGGUGUGCUCGGCUGUGCUCUAUCCACUAUCAUACUCUACAGCCCUGCUCUCCAUUCUUCAGCCUGUAAUUAGCCAGACUAACCAGCUCCUGACCGCUGAAGUCAUUACGCCCGCCUCGGCUGAAACCUCUGCUGACCUGCCAGACAUUGUGAGCAGUGUCCUGGGAGUAGUGUAUGACAUCAUGAAGCAGGAUGGUGACAGUGUCAAUGAUCAGCUAAAGGAUGAUCCCAUUCCUGAGUGGGCUCAGCAGGAGUCCAGCCAUAGUCCACUGACAACAAGCAUGUUGGAGACUUGGUUCCCUCAGUCAGACCAUUCAGGAGUGAGCUCUCAUUUAAUGGAGUCAAUGAGGUUGCUGCAUGCAGUACCUGAGGAGAGAGAAGAAGAGGACUUAUCUGCACUACAGCAGGAACUCAUCGGUGGUUUGGCUGAACUGUACCAGACGUCCCGGGACUCAGACAACAAGAGGGGAAAGAAAUGUGGCGCCCAUCGCACACCAGUAAAACAGAAGAUGAAGACCAUGAGUCGUUCCUUGCAGAUGCUAAAUGUGGCGCGCUUGAAUGUCAAAGCCCAAAAGAACCAGGCUGAGUCUGAGCAGCUGGGACCAGAGGGUAGGGAAGCGGACAGAACAGGGAAGAGACGGUCAAGUGACAGGAACAAAUCUGGAGUAGCAAACAUAAUCAGUUUUACUAGUGAGACAGAGCUGCUGUCCCAUCUGAAGUCCAGUUAUGAGAAGAUUGUGGCAGAGAGAGAUGAGUCUGUCCUUGUGGGUGUUCAGCAGCUUCUUUCUUCUGUAAAGAGCUUCCUCACUGCAGAAUCAGAUUGGGAGGCAAAAACCUCCCUGUUUGCUCAACAGCAUCUCCUCAAGACCAGCAAAUCAGUCAGACAGCUCUAUGGAAUGACUGCUGAUGUUAAUAGUAAAGUCAGAGAGUGCCAGCUGCAAGUGGUGUUGAGGCUGGAGCUGUGCAGGCUUUUCUCCUCAGAGCAGUCGGACUCACUGGAUGUUGAUCAGAUGGCAGAGGAGGUGGCUGAAAUGCUCAGAAUAAUCUCCCUGACUAGAGACCCAGUUUUCCUAACAAGGUUCCUUCAAGAUGAGGUCCUGCCAGGGUUCCUCACCGCUGUCCCCAGAGUGCUUGCAGAAAUCUACCACAGUCUGGGCACACAGCUCCCUGAUGCUUUAGUGGCAGUUUUGCCCCCUGACUUCUUCAGUGACGACUCAGUUGCCAAGGACAGCAUUUCUCCUUCAGCUUCUUCACUUCCCCUGUCCACACAAGGCCUGGAUUCAGAUGGCAGAGAUCAACUAGAGGACCUGCGAAACCGCUCAGGCAAAAAAAGGAGGAGCGGGAUGCUGACUCGUCAUCGCAGUAUGACAGAAUCAUCACAGACUCUUCGGCAAAUAGAGAUCCCCAAAAGGGCUACAAGAGCACAGUCCAAAUCAAAGGUGCACGUAGCCUUGGAGAAACCUGUUGCAGAACCACAUCCCCAAAAACAAGAAACACAAGAGGUGACCAAGGUGAGAAGAAACCUCUUCAACCAAGAGAUUGUUUCUCCCUCAAAGAAAGCCAAGCUACUAAGGAGCCAGUCUGUGUCCGCUGUGGAAGGAGUGAAACGCAAGCGAUCCAAUGAACCUGAAGAGAGGCACAGGCUUCUUACGAAAAAAGUGUGUGAGACUCCCCUCCACAAGCAAGUGUCUAGUCGCCUGCUACACCGGCAGAAAAUGGGAAGGAAAUCUAUCCUAAGUGAGGAGUGCAUCGUGGAAGAAUCACCUGUGAAACCUUCAGAAGAUCUAAGACGGAGCCCAAGAAUAAAGAAGUUUGCUCGAAGACACUCAAGCACUUUCUAUUCAAGUUCUCAACCUCGCUCCCGAAACCUGGACCGGGCUCUGUCUGCAUCCCAGCUUAGCCUGAGUGAUGGGAAAAUCAGCGGGGUUAAUGUAAAAACAGUUCGGUCUCCCAUGCGUCUUCUUUUCGGAGCUGCUGAGUCGCCCAGUCGUUCUAACCAAUCAGGUGCAACCAGGGCCAGCCGAUCACGGCUCUCCACAGACUCUAGUGUCUUUGAGAGUCCAGACAAAAUGGCAACAUCACCCAGCAAACACAGGAGGGCCAUAAUUGCGAACGUGACUCCUAAAACAUCUGGGACUCCUCAGAACCCGAAAUCUCCCAAGACCCCACCUUCAUCCAGGAGGCGUGUUUUCUCAGUUGCAGAGAGUCCUGUAGUAGCUAGCACUAGUGGACUUGGUAUGUCUCUGAGGGGAAGUCCUUUCAGAUGUCUUGUUCCAGGGACACCUACAAAGCAAAGCCCCAUAAGGAGCCCUCUGAAGGGUAUUCUCAGGACUCCAGUCAAGGCUUUGAUUGAACGAUGUUCCACUUCUGAAUUAAAUCUGGUCCAUAGCCCAGUUUCCAGGACUCCCAGGAAGAGUGUCACGUGGUCUCCAUCUCCUCCAACAUGUAGGGUGGUGGAGAAGAGCGCUACUUUUAAGGUGCCGCAAUCACCGAGUAUUUCAUCUCGCAGUUCUCGGAGACUGAUGACACCCAAUAAGUUCAGCAGUCCUGUCAAAAAUACAAACACUAAAAGAGACAUUUUCAAGACCCCAGAAAAGAGUUGUCAGGUGCAGCUAGUAAGGGUAUCAGAACAUGCAGAUAGUGUCUUUUUGACUCCAGAGCAAAAUCAAAGGUCUUCUGUAAAACUUCACACUGGUGUUAAAACACCUGAAAAAGAUGAUACAGUUCUAGUUCUGCCUCAUCCAAAAACCACACCAUCAGCCCACCACAUUUCUCCUGAGCCCAACACUACAACUCAAAAUAAGACGCCGAGUCCUACUCACCAAAUGGUUACUCGUUCUGGGCGAACUCCAGGUAAAAGUCCAAACACUGCUUCCCCGUGUAAACCUGUAGUUUCGUCACUAGGAGAUACCACUCUUUCAGAAGGGUCAGAUGCUUCAGUAAAGUCUCCAGCAAAGUUCCUAACAAGAAGAAAGUGUGGUCAAGGUGGUAAAACAAAUAUGCAUAUGUUAAGGUCCCAGUCUAGUGAGAAUGUCUCCUCUAAACUAAACAAAGAGGAGAACAUGCAGUCAGAAACCUCUCACUCCACUGCAAGUGACUCAAGUUCUCAUACAGAUUCUCAGCAGUUUGACUCUUCUCAUAGCACCUCUGCAACCACAGAUGAUGAUAGUAUUGACAUCGUUGAUGCAGCCAUUGUAAAAACCCAGUUUACUGGAGGCCUCAAGAUGAACAUUAGCUUUACAAGGAAGCCUUCACUAUUAAGUGAAGACUUUGUGUCGAACACCGUCUCUCCUAAACCACAUGUGCCAUCCCAUAAUACACCUGGCCGGAGUUAUGGUUUCCGUCAGACACCUGAUCGCCAACAGAGGGAGGCUGCUGCUCGUUUAGGAUACGGAAAUGAUUCACCCCGAUUUUCAAACCCUAGAGGCUCAGCAAGACAUAGCCGACAAAAGGGCACAGGUACUCUAAAUCCUCUGACCUACGAGGUAGAAAUGGAAAUGCCAAAGUCAGGACUUCCCAAGCUCAAAAUCAAGCGCACAGAUUCCAUGAAUGCAGGAGACUUUGUCUCAGACGGAGGUCUUCAGUCAGGAACUCAAAGCCCUGUAGUAGGUGUGAAACCUCAGCUUGAUAGCCCCUUGGCCUUAUUUUCUAAAUACCGAGAUCCUGGAUGCACCUCACCAUCUGUCUGUGCUCAUGUCACCCCAGCCAAGAGCACACCCAGGAAAGGUGGAAGUGUCCAAACUUACAUCUGCCAGUCUUACACCCCUACACACCAUCAUACAGGAGCAUGGUCUCCAGUAACUGCAGAUACUAUUCCCCUGACUCCUUCACCUCAGAGUGCUGGUAAAGUGACCCCAGAAAACCUCAACAGCUGGCCUCGCAGGAAAAGGGCUCAGAUUGGUGUGUUAGGAGGCAAAGAUCGUGGCCAGAAAGGGGAGCCUCAGCUUGACGAGUUGCUGGAGGAGGCUGAACUUGGAGUUAGUAGGUUGCAGGACAUUGAGGACACUGAUGAGCCUUCGGACAGCAAAGCUGAAUCAUUAGCUCUGACUUCCAAACGGGCAACUCUGGUUGGAUUAGAUGUAUCUCCUCUUUCUCCACUGGAAGACUUGUACUGUAUGGGAAAACUGUCUGAGUGUGCGAACACUCAGAGAGCUGAAAAAGAUGCCCGCUGGGCUUCUCAAAACGAAGAUGUCAUAUCAACAGUGACUCCUCCCACCUCAAAGGUGCGAAAGCCAGUGUCUGCGAGUGGUAUUUUUGCCCUUACUCAGUCCCCAUUGUUGUUCAAGGGCAAAAUGGGUUCUGCCAGUAAGAGGACACCAAAUUUUGCAGAUGAAGCUGCAUCAGAGAGGACAGAAGAAGGAGGAGUGGACAUCUCUCCCUUCAGCCAGCCGGUGAAACGCUCAAACACAGGAAAGACCUACAGCAGGAAGAGACUAUCAAUGAGUUACAAAGUAGUCUGACCAUCAGAGCAGAAUGUUUGUCCAUUCUGAGCUUUACUCUGAAGUUGAGCCUUUUGAUCACAGAUCUGAAACAUGUCUUUAAAGCACCACUUGAGAAAGUUUCUGUACAUGAAUAAAUGUCCCAUUCAAUCUGCUGUCAACACUUCUGACAUGUUCUCUAACCAGUGGGAUGUGUUAAAUUUCAGACUGAGUUGAAAAGCUCCGCAGUUUUGCAAAGAUGUUAAAAACUGCUUUUAGGAUUCCUUUUGUCAUUCUAAAUAUGUAAUGCUUACCACUUAGGUAUUUCUGGAGCUAAAACCUAGAAAACUGUUGCUAUUGCAUAUCAUUUUUCCAUAGAUGUAAUUAACUAUUUUACAAUCAUUUCAGAGCCUUAAUUUGUUUCUAUAAAAUCUGUUAUUGUGUAUUUAUUAGUUUGUACUAAAUUUGUUUUUAAA